AUGGAAGGUGGUAGGCAUAACUAUUAUGUUGUGAGGAAGGGUAGGGUUCCUGGAAUUUACACGAAUUGGGUUGAUUGUGAGAGGCAAGUUUCGGGUUUCAAGGGUAAUGAGUAUAAAGGAUUCCAAGUGCGACGUGAGGCGGUGGAGUGGCUGAACUCCGGAGGAGACAACAGUGGGGAACACGACGAUGACCGUGGAGGAGGUGGCCAACCAAGCAAUGACAAUAGAGGGACAUUAUCUAGUUACUUUCGAGGUUUGAGCAUAACUAGUGGCGAAAAAAGUGUUUUUAAUGUUGGGGGUUGUAGUAGCUCCUUUGAGGUUGUAGGUAUGUACUCUGUGUACCUUGAAUAA